UCGGCAUCAGCGGCCGCCCUGUUUUGUUAAAAUUCACCCCCUUUCUGUUUGCUCCUAAAACCCUGAUUUCUUAAACCCCUUAACACACACACAUCCCUCACUCGCGACUCUUUCUAAUCAAACUUGCAAUGGGGAAACCCAAGUCUUCUUCCAAGAAGCCGCCCAAGCGUGGUAUCGAUUUCAAGAAAAUUAAACGAAAAAUUGGCCGAAAGCUACCGCCGCCGAAGAAUACUACCAACACUGAAAUUAAAUCCAAAGCUAUUAUACUUCCCGAACAAAGUGUAGCAUCAGAUAAGGCGGGUUUAGCUGUCAGCAAGAAAGGGUUGACACUCAAAGAGCUUAUGCAACAAACUUCUCACCACAAUGCUAAAGUUCGCAAAGAUGCGUUGAUUGGUAUAAAGGACAUACUCACCAAAAAUCCAGAUGAGCUGAGGUUGCAUAAACUUGCUCUUAUAGAGAAACUGCGUGAACGCAUCAGUGAUGAUGAUAAACUGGUUCGUGAAACACUAUAUCAAAUUUUUAAGGGGGUUAUAUUCCCUGGGUGCAAAGAGGAUGGUCAAGGGCCUUUCAUAUCUCUGAUGAUGGUUUAUAUCUUUAGUGCUAUGACAAAUUUGGCAAUUGAUAUUAGGUUGAUGGCUUUCAAAUUUCUUGAUCUUAUUCUCCAAAACUGCCCAACUUCAUUUUCCUCGUAUGCUGAAAAGAUUCUUCAGAACUAUGAAGAUAUAUUAAGACAGAACCAGUUCUAUCUACAAGACAAGGCCAAGCUCAAGAAUGCUCUUGCGGGGAUAACAUACUGCUUAUCGCUUUUACCCCAUAAUCGUAGAGGAGACACUUUAGCAACUGAUAGCAGGCCUGGGGAUAGUGUUUUGCAUUCUUAUGAACCUGACGUGCCUAAAGAAUCUGCUGGGCUCUCUGUCAUCACAAAGAAACUUAAUGGAAUUUUGCCUAUUCUGGUCGGAUGUUUCCACGAUUUUGUACCUUUGGUCCAUACUUCACCACAACUAGAUGCACAAUCAUUUGACUGUAUGCUAUCCGUACUUCAAAGUAUAGAUCUGAUAGUACAGUUUUUUGCUUAUGGGAUAGACAAGGGUCAACAUGAGUUACAAAUUUCUCUAUCGUUUUAUACACAUCGGAAUGUAUCUCAUCAUGGUCAAGAUAAUAUUAUGGUAAUGCUAAAGAAAUUAUGGGAUGUCUUUCCCCUCUAUCCAGCACAUCAGCUUUCAGAGAAGGAAGAUAAUAGAUACUUUAUUCUUAAUAUCAUAAUUUCUGAAAUCUUUUUGUCAUUGAUUGACUGGAUCUACCCUUCCUCCGAUUUGCUGGAAAAGUUUCUUAUGUUUAUCGAGAAUGCAUUAUCAGAAAAGAUAUGUGGGAGCUUGCAAUUAGGCAAGGUUUUUCAUGAUAAGCAUUCUGUAUCACUUGUUGCAUACAUACCAAAGCUUUUGAAACAAGUUUCUGGUAGCUGGAGAUCACGUAUUCUUCAGGGUUUCACUAAUGUUUUCAAGAGUUGUAAGCCAGAAUCUUCAUUAAAAAUGGUUUGCAUCUCUGCGAUAGAAGAAUUUUUAGACCCACAGGAAAAAGGCUGGUUGUACCUAGAGACAACUGAUCCUGAAAUUUUGGCUUAUCACAUAACUUGGCUAAGGGAGCUUCCUUCAUUGCUGAUCCAUUUAGGUGAUAAACACCAAUUAUCCUCCAAGGCCGUGUUACUUCUUCAACUUCACCUGGGACAAUGUGCUUUGAUAAAUCCUUCUCUCUCGCAGGAAUACAAUAACAUUCAGUAUACACUGAAAGAUUUUUACAGCAAAGGCAUAGCUGAUUCAACUGGAGGCUAUGGUCCUUUUGUAAGUCUCACCAGAGAUAUUCAAGAACUCUCUGUGUGUUGCCUUUAUUAUUUCCCUUUUUUGGAUUCGCCCAUUAUUCAGUCAGUAACUUCCUGUUGCCUAUGUCAUAAUCUAGAGUCAGUUAUAUUGUUUCGGAUCAUAGAGAUUUUGCAUUCAUCCUACAAAGCUGGACGCAUACAAAUUGCUAAUCACAUUAGCUUUUUUAUAACUCUACUCGCUCGUUACAAAGUUUAUCCAGAGAAGAGUGCUGAUCUAGUGGAGAAUGAUGGAAAAUCAAAUUUUGGGACUUUUAAGUCAAUUACUAACGUUGUCUGCUCUUUCCUGUUGCAACUUGGUGACGAGCAUAUUGUGUUUCAAAUGUUGGAGAAGAUAAUUAUUGAUCAACUUUUACUCAAUCCACCUUUAGACAACAUUUGUGCAUUGCUCAGAGUGCUUGUUAAACUAGACUCAGAACCAACGAGACUUUCUGAACAGAGUAUGAUCAAUCUUGGUAGUUUUCUUCCAGGAUACCUAACUGAUAUUGUAUCGUGCAUUCCAGAAGAUAAAACUCAGUCUGCCACCAUGGUUUCGAGGAAGAGAACUCAUUAUUAUCUCCUGCCUUGCAUGUUUAUCUUCCAUCGGAGUCACACACUUUUAAAACUCGUGUUGAAGAAAAUGGGAUCAUUAGUAAAUGAAGAGAGUUCGUCAGGUUCAAAUCAGCUGUGGACACAGUAUUUAACUGGCUAUUCAAGUAGAAUAGAUGCCAUUGUUUCCGUCCUACUACUAAUAUUUGCAGAUAUCAAAAUUCAACAAAAACUUUUGUUGUGUAAGGAAGAGAUUCAGCAAAUAUCAGAGAAGAUUCUUCAACUACAGUUAUCAGAGGUUAUCAACAUGACUAUGGAAGAGAGGUACAAAAUAAGAUGUUCAUAUGAUCGAUUAAAGAGUUGCAGCAGUAAAUUAUUAGCGGGAAUAAGAUGAUGCACACAAUUUUUUUCCGAACGAAUUUUAGAGGAGUGGAAACACUUGGCUCGUGCUGCCUGUCACCAAUGCUAUUGGCAGAAAAUCCGAAAACGUACAACUGCCUUGAUACUGAGAGCUGGAUUGAAUGUGUGUCUAUUCCUCUCUAAGCUCAAAUGAUAUUGGAUGAGAGGCUAGCAACAUGCCUCCGGUAAGAAUAUAUAGACUUUUUGUGGACUGGGCAUGGUAUAUCGUCGACGAAUCUUGUCAGAAUGUUGAUGAUCUAACUUGGUCACAUGUAUACCUCAGAGAUACUUGGAUUGGACU